AUGGAUUCCGGGAACGAUAACGUCCAGAACUGGAUCGACUUCCACUAUGCGCAUGGUCCUAAUUUGGCUGAUGGGGGAAGGCCAUGUAUUCAAAUCGAAGAUGCAACUGACUUGGACGGCCCGUAUAAGGAGGUCAUGACGAAGCUUGGUCAAGCAUUUCUUCACUACCGCAUCCCGGAUUUAGGCAUUACGUUGUUCGAACAAUGUGCAACAGUUGUAUUAAUAUCGUCGGAUGCCAUUGUCACCGAAGCGGGACAUUCUGCACUUCGAGCAUUCGGACACUUAUUGCGAGAUUCAGUUUUACAUGGAGCGCCCUUCGUUACUUGGUUGAACUCUUCAGUGUUCCGCUACUUGUUGAAUCUUCCCAUUGAGGUCAAUGAUAUUUUCUCGUUCAGUCCCGGUAUCGGCAGUAUGAUCGAUGGCAUUAUGUCUGGUGUGGGACCUGUCGUGCUGGAGAACGAGGAAGCGCUGAGGGAGUGGGCUGAUUUGAAUCUGAAAUUCCCGUGUGCUGUCCUUCUGGAACACGGACGUGAGCAACUGUGCAGACUAAUUGCGGAAUUUGAACUGGUCCACAAACGUGCCGGGAAUUUGAAGUAUGUCUACGAGGGACUGGUAGCCGGAAAAAUGUACAAGGAACUGAUGGCGUUUCGCUCCGACUGGAAACGCUUUGAGCCGCAGCUGUACCGCGCUGUGAUGGAGGGCAAAGAUCUGCUGGAGCAGUUCAAAACGUUGAACGAAGAUACUGCGGAUGACGAAGAAAUCCAGACAAUGGCAUGGCUUGAUGACAUAAUUUUGGAAGAGUUUAGCCAGCACGAACGCAAGCAACUGUUACGAUUUAUCACCGGAUCGUACAUGGUACCUGCAACGCCAAAGAUUGAAGUUUCAUUCACAUUCGCACGGGACGGAAACCGACGUCCAACCGCUACGACCUGUACUAACAAGCUGACUCUUCCGAGCGGAUGCAUGAGCAAAGAGCAACUACUGGAAGGUUUGCGGGACUGUAUUGCGUCAGUGGAUAAUGAAAUGCAGGGCAUUUCCAGUUUAACUGAAUCAUUAAACGGAACUGCGGAAUUGCGGAUUAAGCGGCAUCACUAUGACGCUGGAAUGAGCUAUACCUGA